GCGCAGAGAAUGGGCCACGCGUCUCUACAACAAAUGUCCUAGUGUUGAUCCAUCUGCUUGGGUAGUCUCUCUUUCUCUCUCACUUAAUCCUUAGUCAUUUGGCUGAGGGGAGUGAGUGUAGCGAGGGAGCGAGGAGAGAAAAGACUGUGUGAGCUGAGAAGACCGGAAAGUUGGUGGACAUCCGUCCAGCCAAUCAUCAUUCCCUCCCAGUCUUUCUACUCACAGGUUUCGACCAACCCUAAAGUUUUACAUCCAGAACUAUAGUUUCUAAGUUAGGAAAGAGAAAAAAUAUGAGCACGAGCAAGCCCUAUGGCCCACUGCUGGUGGGCGUGCUUCUGUUGGUGAGUUCUGGAGCACUGGGACAGUUGCCAACGUUUCCGAACGGGCCAUGUCGAGAUGCAGCUUUCGUGCCGAUAAAGUGCUUGCCUAGCUCGCUGAAUGUUAUCCAAGAGAUUCUUGCACCGGCCUCGUUUGUCAGCAACAGUACGUGUAGCAUGGAGCAGUAUUGUGGUAGGACUCAGCCAUUCGAAGCGCCUCUCACAUCACCGGUGUUCUGUGAUACGUGCUCACCGGGUGAGUUUUCCGUCAAUCCUUCCAUCUCCGAUGUCGAGACUAGGCCGUUAGUGGAGCGAACUCGGUGGCAAUCCGCUGUUUUUCCGGACACGACCACAGCGGUUACGUUCGAAGCCACAUUGCUGCGACCGUUCGUCUUGUCCUCGUUCAACAUGGAGUUCUUCUUCACCAUGCCACAAGCUAUGAUCGUCGAGCGAUCCGCCGACUUCGGUGCAACGUUCUCACCGUACAUUUACUUCGCAGUGGACUGUCUGGCAAGGUUCGGCAUCCGACCCUCAUCUGACCCUCUGUCCAUCCGACCAACACCCGAAAACCCCAACGUGGUGGUGUGUAUCGCCAUUCCGGAGCCUGGCCUUGCUGAUGGCGUGUUCUACAAUCUGCGGGAGCGCCGCAUCCCGUCAACACAACUCCCCUCUAGUGUCCAGACGGAAGUGAGCAUAGAAACGGACGACAAUUUACGCAAUUGGCUGACCGUCACUAAUUUCCGAGUCACCCUGGAUGGAGUGACGCUGCCGGCCGACCUGACGGGCACCAAUAGUUCGUUCAACUUCUACUCGUCUUACCAGCUUGUCAUGCUGGGUCAGUGCGAGUGCUUUGGACAUUCGAGCGGCAUCUGCGAGGCGGGUAACGUGUCCAACGAUGCCAUCGGAUUCGGUUGCCAGUGCGAGCAUAACACAACCGGCUUGGACUGUGGCGUGUGCAGGCCUGGGUUCGUCGACGUACCGUGGCGGCCAUCGCGUCUUCUCGACCCUUUCGAGUGUCAAAUGUGCAACUGCAACAACCACGCCGAUGUGGAUGGCUGUCUGUUCAGUGAGGAGAGGUUCCGAGCAACGGGGAACACCACGGGUGGUGAAUGUCAGAAUUGCCGCGACAACACGUUCGGGCCGCAGUGCGAAACAUGCGCUGAGCUCUUCUACCCGCAGACUGGCGUGCCGCAGACCCAAGUGGACGUGUGCAUACCUUGCGACUGCAACGCGGGAGGCGUGACGGACAAUGGCGACUGUGCCAAGAUGGCGAUUGGUUCAUUCCCGAACGGCCAGUGUAACUGCAAGGUCAACACCAUGGGACGCGACUGUGGAAUGUGUACCAGCACGUCGUUCAACUUUGAUGCGAACAAUGACGAUGGCUGUACAGAUUGUGCCUGUGAGGCAGCUGGCACGGUUGGAGGCAGUUUGGAGUGCAUGAGUGUGGGCGGUCAGUGCGACUGCAAGCCAAACGUGGAGGGACGCCAAUGCGACCAGUGCAUGCCAGGCUUCUUCGGACUGGAUGCUAUGCUUACGGACGGCUGCCAACCGUGCGACUGUCAGUUUGGCUCAUCGGUGGCGCGUGACCAGUGCGACAUGACAAGCGGACAGUGCAUGUGCAGACCUGGGUUCACUGGCCGGCGCUGUGACGUGCUCAUGCCAAACUACUACGUGCCGGACUUUGACGCUAUCCGCGCCGAGGCCGAGGAGCAAGCCGGUGUGUCUACAGUGCAGCUUCCCGUGCCGCCUGGCAGUAGCGCAUUCGAGCCGACGGGCCGUGGCUUUGCCCUGGUUACCGUUCCUAACGGCAACCUUGUAUCUUUUGACUUCGUUGUGCCGGGCUCUCUGCUGCCAAUGCGUUCGCACACCUACACUGUCUCAAUGCGUUACGUGCUGAUGAGCUCUCCAAUGUCGGCCACAGCCCAAAUCACUAACAUCUCCCCGUCUCCAGUGGGCAGUGCUGUUGCACUGGCACCGUUGAUUGGCAACGGUGCUUGUGCUUCGGCCAACUUAGGAACCGUUGCGAUUGCAGCAUGCGCCAUUGCACCGUGCCCGUCCUAUACAUUCACAGUGCAGAUCAUGGUCAAUCCGGCCGCCACCAUCUACUUGGACUCCCUGGUGCUGCGGCCGACUAUAUCCAGCCUCUUUGCUUCACCGGCGACAGACCCGUUCCUAAUGGCCUUUGCUGCCAACAACUGUGUGGACCCGGCGCCGGCGCCUGCUGCGUGUGAUCUCGUGCCACCGACUUCAGUGUGCAAGCCUCUGGAGCAGGGUCUAAAUGCCGAACUGUUUGAAGGAGCUAGAAUGUGCAGCUGUUCUGUGUACAGCGUCGGCUCGGACUGUGAGGACUGCGGUGGCCAGUGCACAUGCGUGAACAAUGUCGUUGGCCGGGCCUGCACACAAUGCCAAGCUGGUACCUACAACCUCAUAGCAUCCGGCUGUCAAGAUUGUGAAUGCUCGCCCAUUGGAGCACUUUCGCAGGUAUGUGACUUCACGUCCGGCGAGUGCCAAUGCCGCCCGGGACGAACGGGCCGCCAGUGCAUCGACUGCAUGCCCAACUACUAUCCGAAUCCAAACAACGACGGCAGCUGUCUACCAUGCAAUUGCCAUCCGAUCGGCGCAGUUGACCCACAGUGCAACAUGACCGGCUUCUGCGAGUGCAAUCCAUCUAUGACUGGCAUUACAGGCAUGCAGUGUGACAUGUGUAACUGCCAGACUCAGAACACUGUCGGCAACAGCAUGCUGUGCACUAGCGAUGGACAGUGCACUUGUGCUGCUGGAUCAACUGGACUGAAGUGCGAGAACUGCAUCCAGGACAACUUCUUCUUCGACGUGGACGAUGGCUGCCAGCCGUGCAUGUGCAACAGCCACGCGCAGAUGUGCAACAUGUCCGGAUGCAUCAACUGCAUGGACAACACAGGCGGCCAGAGCUGCGAGUUAUGCUUGGACGGUUUCUAUGGUGACGCAACAGGUGGCACACCGGCCGACUGCCAGCCAUGCAUGUGCAACACAUGGUCGACAACGUGCGAGGCAAACCCAGCUGCUAAUGAUGGCUUCCGCUGCAACAAUUGCCAGGGCAACACAGUGGGAGAUCAGUGCCAAGAGUGCAUGAUCAAUCACUUUGGUUCUCCCAUCAACGGUGCGCCGAACAGCUGUGACAGCACCACUGGCGAAUGCCUGAUUUGCAUCCGCGAUACGACCGGACCCACGUGCGGCCAGUGUGCGCCACUCUUCUUUGGAGACGCCACCAUCCUCAAUGGAUGCCAGGACUGUGCUUGCAAUCCCACUGGCUCGAGCAACUUGACCUGCGACCCCAGCAACGGAACGUGCAGCUGCUAUCCGAACGUCAUCAAUCGCCAGUGCACCGUCUGCGCGCCGGAGACCUUUGGCUUCGAUGUUGGCGAGCCGGGCUGCGAGCCGUGUGGCUGCGAUCCCACUGGCAGCGUGUCCCAGGACUGCGAACUGACCACCGGGCAGUGUACAUGCCGCACCAACGUCAUCGGUGUGCAGUGCGACAUGUGUGCACCGGAUCACUUCGGCUUCUCCCUGAUCGGGUGCCAGCCUUGUAACUGCAACAUUGAUGGAACAAUUCGUGGCAACACAUCGUGUGCAGUCGGAGAUGGAAUGUGCAUUUGUGAAGAAAAUACCAUUGGAAGGCAGUGUGACCAGUGCGAGCCAGGAUCUUUCUUUGUCACCGGCUUUGGCUGCUCUCAGUGCCCGUGCAAUGGGCGCAGCGAGCAGUGCACGGAUGCGGGUAUCUGCAUGAACUGCCGUGGCAACUCAUUCGGCGACAACUGUGAGCUGUGCCAGGAUGGCUUCUACAACGACACUAGCAGCAAUCCACUGGGUGUAUGUCAGCCGUGCAUGUGCAACUUACUGGGAUCAGUUAACAACGUCUGCGAUCGGGACAGUGGACAGUGCACGUGCAGAAUGGGCGUGGACUCCGUCAACUCGCGCACGUGCGCUGUGUGCGCCGACGGCUUCUUUGGCCUGACUUCUGCAGGUUGUCAGGAUUGUGACUGUCAACUGUCCUCACCGGCGGGCAGCGCAAACAACACCUGUGAGAAGACGAACGGCCAGUGUCCAUGCUUUGAGAACUUCGGAGCUCGACGCUGUGAUGAAUGCACCCCAGGCUUUUACGAUUUCCCCAGCGGUUGCCCAGAUUGCAAUUGUGAUCCCACUGGAUCGAGUGGUUCCAUCUGCAAUGUUGUCAAUGGCUCUUGCCCCUGCCGAGAAAACGUUGUGAACCAGCGCUGCGACGAAUGUGCACUGAAUACGUUCGGCUUCAGCGUGAGUGGCUGCACACCAUGCGGGUGCAACUCAACUGGAAGUGCUCAGCAGGAUUGCAAUGUGGUCACGGGUGACUGUAGAUGUCAAUUCGGCAUUGGGAACAGCGGCUCAGGAGAUCGAGAGCUAUGCAAUGAGUGUCAGGACGAGUUCUAUGAUUUCUCAGAGAAUGGCUGCCUACAAUGUGAAUGCAACGCGACAACAUCUCGCUCACUGGUGUGCGACAAGAACGGCGGCCAAUGCGACUGUCACGUGAACAUUGUGGGACGGACCUGUAACCGCUGCAUCGACGACCACGUCGUCUUUGUCAAUGGCAGCGGCUGCUCGGCGUGCCCGUGCAACAUGGUUGGCUCUGUUCAGACGGCGUGUAAUCGCACCAACGGUGUCUGCCCGGUUAUGUGCUACUGUCGCGAAAACAUCCAGGGCUGUUUCUGCGACGAGUGCAAUCCGCAAUUCAAUGUCGGUGGCUUCCCCGACUGUGAAGCCUGCAACUGCAGCGUGGCUGGGUCGAUCAACGGCACUUGCAACACAACUGGCGACUGCUUCUGUCGCAACGGAGCGUUCGGCACCAAAUGCGACCAGUGCGAGGAGAACUUCUUCAUGACGGGUGUUGGCUGUAUGGAAUGUCCGGAGUGCUACGGAGAGGUGCGUGACAAGGUUGUUUCCGUGCGCAUGCGACUGGAGGUGCUGCGCAUUCUCAUUGACAAUCUCCUGGCAAGUGAGCUGCUAACAAGCGACCCGCCAGUGGUGACGCGCCUUAGCACUCUGCUUCAGCAAGCGUGCGAUUUGCUGGACGAUACGGCCGUGGCAGAGACGACCGACCCACGCAUUCGCCGUGAGAUCAUGGAGCUCCAGCAGAACAUCUCCUUCCUUGACGAGUCCGUCACCAAUCUCGUUCUGCGUGUGCGUCCCAUCCGUAUCAGCGCUGGCGCUGCCAGAGGCCUUGUGCUCAGUUCUGAGAUUCAGAUCAAUGAGACUGUGGACGAAGUCCGAGAUGCCUACAACAACACGGUGUUUGUCAACGGGCCACUGCUGACCGAAGGAGUAUCGCUCCUGAACGACAUCAUCGACCUGCGUGCAACGCUGACCGGCAUCCUGCAAACCAUUGCCACCACGGCUGCCGAUUUGCGCACCGUUGCCCUGCAGCUGGAGACCAACGCGGCGAGUGCAGCCAGUGUGGCAGCCACCGCACUCACGUACGCCAACAGCGCCUUGUCGACCGGCCGCACCACCGAAUAUAACCUGGAACGGCUGCGUAACGACACGGCCGACGCUCCUGACGUGCUGGCAAUCGCUGGCCAGGCCCGGGACGCCGCCUACAGGGCUAGCAUGCUUGCCAUGGAUCAGCUGACCAGAGCCCAGGCACUGCUACCUAAUCUUGAUCUGUCCGGUGAUAGCGCAACCAUAGUUGCCCAGGCACAGUUCGCUGUUGAGCUGAUGAAUCGCAGUCAAGAGCUCGACGCCCAGAUCCAGGAGAACUGUGCACGCGCGCAGACCUAUUACGAACUCCUGUCAAACUUCACUGGUGAAAUAACGGAUCUGCAACCGGAUGCGUUUGCACUGUAUGAACGUGCUGCACAGGCCCAGCAGACGGCACAGGGCUUUUCCGACCGUGUCAACUACAUCAUCAGCACAGCAACGACGGCCCGGGACGUUCUGGACAACUUCGAAGCUGAGACUAAUGCUGCACGCAGCAGGGUUGAAACUUCACUUCAGCAAGUCGAUGACCUUCGUAAUCGCAGCAAUGUCCUGCAGAACGCCGCACAGGCACUGAUCGAUAGCCAUGCAGACGCCCUGCUGUACGCCCAGCAGGCCCUGCAAACUGUGAACACGGCACUCAAUAUAAGCCAGGCUGCGGCCAAUACCGCCAUGGAGGCACUGACGGCCACAAGCAGCAUCCUGGAGACCUUCCAGAACUCCACCGAAGACCUGAACACCAAUGGCCGCCAAGGCGUGGAGGACAAGCGCGCUGCAGCGAAUGCGAGCCGGGUAGCCUGCGAAGACACAUCAGCGUUUGUUGACCAGGGAUACGCUGCCAUACAGGCACAGGAAACGGUUAUACAGAAUGCAACCGCAACAGCCACGGCCAUCUCAACACGCGCCCAGGUACUGUUGAGUGACCUGGCCAACAUCGGCACAUUGCCUGACGCCCGGCUGCUGGAGCUGACUGGCGAGUUUGAGGCCCUGCAGUCGCAGCUGAGCGAUGCUCAAGUAGAUUACGUGGUGUCAACACUGACCACGCUCAUUGCACAGCAGCGCGGGCGUCUGACAACAUACCGUGCCACCAUGGCAACGCUGGAAGCUGACAUCAACGUCGUCGCUCAGGCGCGCGACACUCUCAGCAGCACAUGUCCCGUUGUCUAGACGCCGGCGAUGAUGGUGAUAGUAAAGACAUGGUACAACACCUGCUUGAUUUGAAUCGUGCGGUGCCUUCAUGCGUCCAAACCUGUUUGUAUCAGCAUUCUCAACGAGCAGCGAAGGCCAUUGACCCUCAUUUUCUGCUCAGUGCUGCGGCUGCAUUCUUGUUCUAAUGUUUGAAGUUUGGGCACGGGCGCUGCGACCCAGUGCACCUUCACACCCACAGUCUACCCUAGUCGGUUCAACAUGGAUGCCCAGUGAUAAUUCUAAUGACUAACGAUUGCCAAGCGCUUUUGCUGAUUUCGGGCUUGCCGGCAAUGCCGCGGGGCUGUUCCCUUUACUUCAAGUUAAUUAAUUGACUGGUUAGCAAGGUUUGCGAGGGUGCUUCAAAACAGUUGCAGUGGUAACUAAUUACUGAGUGUCUGCUAUCACACUAGGUGUCCACCAUACUCGAUGUACUGGCCUGCGUAUUAUCACUAUAGAUUCUAACCUCUUUUCUCUUUCUCUACGCAUGUCCCCUGCACCCUCAAUUUCCACGGUUCCUCUGCUUGUUGCACUUCAGCUAUCGGUCACAAUAAGUCAAUAACACAUCAAGCUUUGCAACACAUCAAGUUUCAGUGCUCGACGACGAGCUUGUCGACA